AUGGUUGAGACAUCCGCAACUUUGGCUCCAGUUGAAGAGAAAGCUCCGGCUAAGGUUGAUUCGCCAACGAAACCUGCGAAGAAACCAGCAUCCAAGGUGACUCACCCAAGUGCUGCUGAAAUGGUCACUUCUGCUAUCAAAACUCUUGGUGAACGUGGAGGAUCAUCAGUUCAAGCCAUCAAGAAGUACAUCGCUGCAACCUACAUGGUUGACGUCGACAAGCAAGCACCGUUCAUCAAGAAGUUCCUCAAGUCAGCAGUCACCAAAGAAAUCUUGAUUCAAACCAAAGGAAAAGGCGCCUCUGGGUCAUUCAAACUAGCAGCCACCAAAGCAUCUAAACCCAAGGUUGCUGGCGACAAGAAAGCAGCUAAAAAACCUGCAGCCAAGAAACCAGCAACUAAGAAACCACCUGGUGAAGCCAAAGCUGCUAAGUCGCCUGCAUCACCUAAAAAGGCAGCAGUCAAGAAACCAAGUUCGCCCAAAAAACCAGCUGCCAAAUCUCCAGCCAAGCCUAAGGCAACAGCUUCUCCAAAGGCUAAGAAAGCAACCAAGGUUCCAACGGCGAAACCAAAGUCACCCAAACCUAAAAAGACUGCAACAAAAGUUGCCAAAUCUCCAGCUAAAAAAACUGCAGCCAUAAAUUAA